AUGUGGCUGGCGCGAUGCGCCAGCUUGUUUGGGAGCAGCGGUGGCGGGCUGCCGCAGCUGGAGGCAGCAAGCGCGGCCCUGCUGCUGCAGCGACUGCAGCGACUGCAGAGCAGCCUCGAGUGCUCCCCUUCCACUUCAGGGGUGUUUCUCGGCGGGUUUGACGCGGCGCCGUCCCCGCGCUUCUAUUGCUCAAGCAGAGACGCCGCCACCAUAACUGACAAUUGCCAGGAUGGCUCGUGUCGGCUCGGCAGGCACCCGUGGCGUUUGCGGCCCAGCCCGCAGCAGCAGCAGCAGCAACAGCAGCAGCAGCAGCAGCAGCAGCAUGCGCUUGCAGCAUGGCCGGCGCAAGCGCGGCUGUGCAACCAGCAGCUGCACAGCUUUGGUGGCUUUGGCGCACGCCACUACGCCAGAGCGCGUGGCGGGCGGCCUCCAUACAGCGGCGGCGGCGCCUCUUCUGGGACCGGCCGCGGUCCCCGCGGCGGCCCCUCCUCCUUCUCCCGAAAGCGGCCCCAGCCGCUCGGCCGGCUGCGCGCCAACUGCCCCCCGCUGGCGGCGCUGCCGGCGGCGCAGGCGCAGGCGGCGCUCCUGGCGUACGACCCUUGGGAGUCGCACCACCCCCUCAACAACCCGGAGCCCUCAAACGGGCCGGGCCUGCCCAGGCCCGGGCCCCUGCCGCGCGCCAUCGACGGGGCGCCGGAGGAGGACGCUCUGCAGUACUCGUUGGUGUCCCGCGAACUGAUCGAGAAGAGCACCCUGCCGUCUGAGCUCAAGCACCUAACGUUUGACGCGCCGUGGGAGGAGCUGCUGCUUGACGCGCGGCGGACGGUCAAGGUGACCAGCAAGGGGCGGCUCGAGACCAUGCACGUCACGUCGGCGGUCGGCAACAUGCGGGGCCUGAUCGGCGUGGGCAUGUCCGCGGGGAGCGACCUGCAGCAGGUCAUGCUCAACAGCCUCCUGGCCGCCUACAAGGCCGUCGUGCCCGUGCCGCUGUACCGCGCGCACACGGGCUUCGGCGUCACCGCCUCGCCCCUGGUGCAGUCGCUGUGCUCCCUGGUCGGCAUCCAGAACGUCACCGUCAAGCUUAACGGGCGCCGCCGCAACGUCGACAACGUCGUCAAGGCGUGGCUGCACGCGGUCACCAACCAGAGCCUGCCGCACGACGGCGUUGAGGGCAGCGGCGUGUACGUGCGCGAGGUGUACCACCGGGCCAAGCUGCCCCUCGGGCUGAAGCGCGGCGUGGACGUGUAA